AAGAUAACAUAGUUUUAUUUCAGAUUUAGCCGUGUAGACUGAUCAGAGUCCACGGUAUGUCGACUGUUUACAAGUUUGGAGCUGCUGUACCCAUCCAAUGCCAUGCCUGGUCCGGGGAUGGGAAAUCUAUAGCUAUUUCCCAUAACAGCCAUACCAUUGAGGUACAUGAGAAGAGUUCCAAUGGCUGGCAUCAGACUGAUCUUCUUGAACAGCAUGAUCUGCGUGUGAAUGAUAUUGACUGGGCUCCGAACACGAACAGAAUUGUGACCUGCAGCGCUGACCGGAACGCCUAUGUCUGGGUCAAAGGUUCUGAUGGUAAAUGGAAGCACACUCUUGUCCUGCUGCGUAUCAAUCGUGCAGCUACCUGUGUACGCUGGUCACCUCAGGAAAAUAAGUUUGCUGUCGGAUCUGGAGCCCGGAUAAUCAAUAUCUGCUAUUUCGACCAGGAGAACGAUUGGUGGGUCGCGAAACAUAUUCGGAAACCUCUUCGUUCUACCAUCACUACGGUAGACUGGCAUCCAAACAAUAUUCUUCUCGCUGCUGGUUCUACUGAUUUCAAGGUUCGUGUGUUCUCCACAUACAUCAAGGAGAUCGAACCUAAACCUGCUCCCACCGAAUGGGGAGCAAAGAUGCCGUUCGCGAACCUGAUGGCUGAGUUCUCCAACUCUCCGAGCGGCGGGGGUUGGAUCCAUAGUGUUGGAUUCAGCCAGGAUGGAACUAGAGUUGCCUGGGUGGGACACGACUCAAGUAUUGCCGUGGCGGAUGCUCCGAGCGGGAUGGUGAUGAUGAAACUUAAGUUGAGCCUGCUUCCGUUGUUGACUCUGACCUGGAUAUCUCCAACGAAGAUCCUGGCGGCAGGUCAUGAUUGUGUUCCGGUCAUCUUCCUCGUCGAUUCUUCAGGUAAGAUAAGCCUUGGCUCCAGGUUGGAAGAGGAGACGCUAGUGGACAACUCCGGAGCUGCGUCUGCCAUGAACCUGUUCAAGAACAAGUGCAGGGUUGGGACGGAGUUACUUGAUACCAAGCUUUCCUCAACCCAUCAGAACCAGAUUUGUAGCAUGCGUAUAAUGCACGGAACCAAAGGAGAGGCCCACUAUGUCUCCACCUCCGCUGGAGACGGAAACCUAGUUAUUUGGGACCUGGAUACCUUGGCAACCAAGAUCAAGGAUCUCAAAAUAUAAUUGAAACAAUCUUAUCUCCGCUUAUGUAUUUAUUGUGUUGAUAUUUGUGUGAUGAGUCACUUUACUUUUAUUAAUAUAAUUGUGAAUAUUAAAAUCAUAAUCUCGAUGUUUUACCAAUAACACGUUUUUAAUGAAA